AUGCCUUACUCUACUCCCGCCAGCGAGCAAGACCUGGAGAAAGGUUGUGAGGGGAACGGUUAUCUUUUCAACUCGUCUGUCAAGGACAUCACCUGGAAAGGGGUCACGGUGACAGUCGAGGACAAAACCACCACGACCAACCGGACCAUUGUUGAUGAUGUAUGCGGAACGGUCAAGGCUGGCGAGAUUUGCGCCAUCGUGGGUCCCUCUGGCUGUGGCAAGACUACGUUGCUCAGCGUUUUGGCCGACAAACCCAUCAAGGCCAAAAAGAUUGAGUCGGAAAUUCUGGUCAACUCAAGCUUCGUGUCGCGCUCAGACUUCAAGAGAGCGUCGUGUUUCGUUGAGCAUGAAGACGCUUUCAUCGGCUCUCUCACGGCUCGGGAGAGCGUUGAGUUCGCCUCGCGCCUGGCUUGCUCUGCUUCCCUUCCCCGCCAUGUCCGCGAUAACCGAAUCGAUUCACUUCUCCAUUCCUUCGGCCUGACGGAGCAGGCCAACACGCUCAUCGGCACGUCGCUUCGCCAUGGCAUCUCGGUCGGCGAGAAGCGUCGAGUCAGCGUCGUGUCUCAGCUCAUCACCUGCCCGAAGAUACUUUUUCUCGAUGAGCCCACGAGCGGCCUCGAUUCGGCCGCGAGCUACAAAGUCGUCAGCUACCUCAAAUCUGUCGCCAAGCAAAACAAUCUCAUCGUGAUCAUCUCCAUCCACCAACCCUCGGCCAAAACCUUUGGUCUUUUCGACAAGCUGAUGCUCUUGACUGGCGGCAAGAUGCAUUACUUUGGCUCCAUGGAUGGCUUCGUACCGUACUAUGAGUCCACUGGCAUCCAAAUCCAAAGCAACGUCAACCCUUCCGAACAUCUCCUCGAUCUCGUCAACAUCGAUUUUGCCGAGGACAGGGCGGCGGCUGAGAAGCGCCUUGGUGAGCUGCAUGAGGCUUGGGAACGCUCGCCGCAAUACAAAGAAGUUUGCAGCGCCUUGCCGGUGACGGGGACUUCGACCAGUGGCAACAUCAAGCUCAAGUUCGUCGAUAAGAGGCCCAGCAAGUGGAGUCUGACUCUAACGCUCCUCCAUCGCAACUUUAUUAAAAGCCACCGCGAUGUGAUGGCGUAUGGGACCCGUCUCGUCCUAUUCGCCGUCAUAGCUCUACUGUCAGGCACCGUCUGGCUCCGUCUCGACUCGGGACAGUCUUCAAUUCAGUCCUACAUCAUUGCUCUCUUUGCCGGCACCACGCUCGUUCCCUUUAUAUCGAUUGCGUAUACCCCGGCAUUUCUCGAAGACCACCACCAGUACACGAAGGAGAGGGGAAGUGGAUUAUACGGUCCGACCGAGUUCAUCAUUGCCAACUCUCUCAUUGGGAUUCCCGCCCUUUUCGCGACAAACAGCGGCUUCAUGGUCCCUCCGACGAUGAUCAACCGUUUUUACAAAAAUGCCGUCUACCACUUGAACCAUCAAAAGUACGUUUUCCAGGGCUUGAUGGCCAACGAGUUCAAGGAUCGGUGCAAGAUUGCCGGACAAGCAGUCCUCGACUACUACGACAUUUCUGGCAAGCGAAGCCUUGCUAGAAACGUGGGCAUUACAAUAGCCAUUAUAUUUGUCUACCGUCUGCUGGCUUGGUCUGUUCUGAAAAUGCGCAGGUGA